AAAAAAUCCAGACAGCCGAGAGUGAGUGAACAAAGUAAAACAAGGCGAGAGACCACGUACGUACGGCUCUUGCUGUAUAAGUACAUCAAGCCGGUACGGUGAGGUCUCCAUCGCGCGCGGCAGCCAAUACCCAAUAUACCCCGAUCCUUAGCUAGCUAGGCUGUGGCGCCAUGAGCGACACCUUCAAUCUCUCCGGGUUCACGCUACCGGGGCCUACGCCCCGCAUCAGCCAUGCAUCAACCUCUGCCGUCGGCGCCGGCGCCGGCCCCGGGGAAGAAGAAGAACACCAAGGCGGCGGCGGGCUGCUGCCGAUCGCGAACGUGGGGCGGAUCAUGAAGGGGGCGCUGCCGCCGGAGGCGAAGGUGUCGAAGCGCGCCAAGGAGGCGAUCCAGGAGUGCGCCACGGAGUUCGUCGCCUUCGUGACCGGCGAGGCCUCGCAGCGGUGCCGCCGGGAGCGCCGCAAGACGGUGAACGGCGACGACGUGUGCCACGCCAUGCGCAGCCUCGGCCUCGACCACUACGCCGCCGCCAUGGGCAGGUACCUCCAGCGGCACCGCGAGGCCGAGGAGCUCGCCGCCGAGAUCAACGGCCGCAGCGUCGGCGGCGGCGGGGUUCCGGAUUUCGGAGGCCAGAUCGACGUCAGGGCCCAGCUGUCAGUGUCCGGGUCCAGGGCCGGCGCCGGCGGCAGCGAGAAGCGCCUUGGCAGGAAUUAACCAUGGAUCCCUUGCCCAUCUAACUUUUGGUUUUAGUGGUGAUUAAUCUUUUGUGUGUGUUGGUGCAUGAGAAUCCUACGUUGUAUUGAUCCAAGUUCGUACAAAAGUUGUACUACCAACAUUGUACUUUGAUUCUUCUUUUUCC